UCACCAUUCUCCCCCUCUCUCUUAACCUAUCUCUCUUAACCUAAUGGAGAAGAACGAAGACGAUUGGGUAAAGGCAGCCCUGGCUAACGAUGAUAUAGUAGUCCAAUUCCUCUUGAAUCUUAAACAAUCAAACAAGAUCGACACGCCGACCGUUCUUCCACUCGAUUGGACCGUAAGACAGCUCCGUACGAAGAAACCGCCGCCGCCUCUUAGGUCAAGUCCUACCACACCGCUCUCUUGGAGCUACGCCACCGCUACAGAGAGCUGCGGCGGCGGAGGAUCUGGUGACGGAUUAGAAGAAUCCAGUCGUCAUUCACUUCCUAAACGCAGUGAAUCAUCGAGAUCUAAGGUUAGUGGUCCAGGUGGAACAACUAUAACCUUGUCAAAGAAACCCAGAAAGAAAAAGACUUUAGCAGAGCUUAAAGAAGAUGAAGACUUGCUUCUCAAGGAAAGAAGGAAUUUGAAAAGGGAAUUGGCAGCAUUGCACAUCAAUUUGGAGAAAGAAAGAGUCAAUAAUGAAAGGCUUAAGAGACUAAAGAUGGAAACACAAGAAACCCAAGCCAAGGAAAAUACAUCUGUUUCAAUCAGCCCCCUUAAAAUCGAAGCAUCUAAUGAUCCGGUUUCAUCAAUCUUCUCUACAUGCUCUAGAAUUGGUGAACAAUUUUCAGUGCCAACCACAACUUGCAGACAACAAGAAUUCAAGGAUGUAGGCUUUCUCAUACCCGAUUUGAAUAUGCCAUUUGAAGAUGGUUUCGCAUGCGAGGUUCAAGCUGGAGCUGCGAGCUAACAAAGAAUAGGCCGCGAAAUUGUAACUAUAGAUAACAUAUUUCCUUGAGAACUUUCCUAAAUUGACUAGAAAAGUUUAUUUUAUUUUUGAACAUUUUUCUUCAUAAGGAAAUGCUAAGGAAUAGAUUUGAGAUUCUAACUUUUAUGUUAGUAGAGAUUAUGAAAACAAUUGGUUUGAAAUCAUUUGAAGCUGGUAUUUUUUUUUAUUGAGAAUCAGUUCAUAGUAAAUUGUUGAUGAUUGUUCCUUUUUA